CCUCACCUUAGGGACCAGGGACCGUCAGGGGCCCCUACUCGUUUCAGCACCAGCAACUCUUUUGGAACUGCUGUUUUUUUUAAAUUUGCAUCUUCCUCCUGGCGACGUCGGUGCGCGCGGCAAUUACGCACGACUUGGUUGGAAAAACUAUCGUAGCACGAGUCUUGUUCAGUUAGCCUUCAUCAUUUUUUUUUUUUGGUGCGGUCACUUCUUUCAUAAUCUUGUGUUAAUUUGAGUUGUAGUUAUCGUUUUUAUCCACUUAGGAGAAGCAUUAAAUAUACACCGGGUUCCUAAAUCUGCUGUGUUUUUACGCAUCAGGUGAAAACAGGUGUAAAAGUUAGAACCACAGGUGCCUGGCUCGACUGCGCUACGUCACAGUAGUUUACAAAGGCAGUGAAGGAGAAGGCCAGCAAAGAAAAAUCAAAAACAACAACUAAGUGACAGACAACUAAAGAUAAACAGAGAGGGAGGGAGUGACAGGGAAAAAACGAGAGAGAGAGAGAGAGAGAGAGAGAGAGAGAGAGAGAGAGAGACACCCCCUGGAGACUAGCUAGGAGACCCGGCCCCCGGUCACAGAGAAGGAGAGAGAGAGUGAGGGAGUGAGGGAGUGUUUUAAAGCCGGCAGGAGGCAUGAUGUCCUACAUUAAGCAACCCCAUUACGCCGUGAACGGGUUAACGCUGUCCGGCCCGGGCAUGGAUCUGCUCCACUCCGCCGCCGUUGGAUAUCCCAGCACCCCGCGUAAACAGCGACGGGAGCGCACCACCUUCACACGCGCACAGCUGGACAUCUUGGAGGCUCUGUUUGCCAAAACCCGCUACCCAGACAUCUUCAUGAGGGAGGAGGUGGCCCUCAAGAUCAACCUGCCGGAGUCCAGAGUCCAGGUCUGGUUCAAGAACCGUCGUGCCAAGUGCCGCCAGCAGCAGCAGCAGAGCACAGGCCAGUCCAAACCACGGCCCCCUAAGAAGAAGGCGUCCCCUGCUCGUGAUGCAAACACUGAGGCCAGUGCCAACGCCACCAAUGGACCCUAUAGCCCUCCACCCCCUCCUCCAGGCACCGCCAUCACCCCAAGCUCCAGCUCAGCGAGCGCUACGGUGUCCAUCUGGAGCCCAGCCUCCAUCUCUCCGCUGCCAGACCCCCUGUCUGCCUCCACCACCCCCUGCAUGCAGCGCACCACCACCUACCCCAUGACCUACACCCAGGCCCCAGCGUACAGCCAGAGCUACGCAGGCUCUUCCUCCUACUUCACUGGCCUGGACUGUAGCUCCUACCUGUCACCCAUGCACCCGCAGCUGUCAGGCACCGGAGGAGCCCUGAGCCCCAUCACAGCCUCCUCGAUGGGCGGGCCCCUCAGCCAGUCCCCGGCCUCGCUCUCCUCACAGGGCUACACAGCUGCCUCGCUGGGCUUCGGAGCUGUCGACUGUCUAGACUACAAGGACCAAGCUGCCUGGAAGCUCAAUUUCAAUGCCACUGACUGUCUAGACUACAAAGACCAGAACUCCUGGAAGUUCCAGGUCUUGUAA